AGCAUCGCCAAUGCCGAAAGUAUCCCCCGCCGGGCUUAGACGGUCAGGAGAUAGUAAAUCGUCACUCAGAGGAUACUGGGUGCGUGUUAGGUUCAUUAUAAGGUGUAAUACGGAAUAUGGCGAAAGUUUGGCCAUUGUAGGCAGCUCCAGUGAGAUUGGCAAGUGGAAUGUGGCUAGCAGAGAGAACUUGGUAUGGUGCGACGAUGGCACGUGGCAGAAGACUAUAGACUAUUAUCGUGACGCUGAAGAGAAUUUGGACGUCGAGUACAAGCUGAUAAUUGUACGUUAUGCGGGUACCACUCAGGUUUGCUGGGAGGAUGGAUUGAACAGGCGGCUGCAGCAUCCCACGGUUGAUGUAGGAUGUGUUUCAAAUGUUUGUAGAAAAGAGGUCAUGGUCUUCCCAGAUUAUCCAGAGUGGCAAGAUUAUGGGCUGAAGAAAUUUAAAGAAGUUACUUUCUCGACAGCUGGAGGUGUGCUGUCCUUCAAUAUAGCGUGCGCCAAAGCUAGUCAUACUGAUAUGCUGUCAACGUUUUUGACUGGUUUGCGACCGGAAACAAGGGCACGAUAUGGCGCUCAUCCACUCACAGCCGAGUAUGCCGCAGAGGCGUGCGACUACGGCUCGGAUGCUAACCGAUUGAAGACACAUUUGCUGAUCAUAUCGCCGGGUCCAAAACCUGAAGUGGUGGGAUAUAUACUGAUGGACCAGAGUGAGAUUACACAUGAACAUGAGCGUUACAGGAAAUUGUACAACACACACCUCGAGUCACCAGUGGAUAUUUUCUUCGCGCCAGUGAUGGGUGACAAGUAUCAAAACAGAGGAAUUGCCUCCAGCGUUAUACCGGUCGUGAAAAAGCAUAUUGAGGAUAUUCGUGCCCGCAGUAUAGUUCUUCUAGGUGGGGUGCAGCAGACGAACGCGAGUGCUGUACACUUUUACCAAAAAAGUGGAUUCCACAAAUACGGAGAGUUCACUUGGGACAACCUAGUCAACGUAGAUAUGCGAUUAGAAGUACGAUAGCGUAAAUAAAAUUCUUGCCAUAUGGGUACUAAAUAUGAUUUACUGAUCAAGCUCGGCAA